AACAUCAGAAGGCUCAACAGCGUCAGUCCCCAUCCAUUGCGCCUGCCCCACGCUCGACAUGGCCUUCAGACCGCUGCUACGGCAGCGCGCUAUCGCCCCUACCAUGGCCGUCCUCUCCGCCCUAGCAGUCUCGGCACCACGCACUGUAGACGCAGAAGAGCGACCAGAUGACCGCUGGAACCGCAAACCCAUCUACGAUGAAAUGCCAAUUGAUACCACUGCUCCUACCUCUCCAUCCCUUACCGAACCGUCAAAAUCGCCCGCCAUACCAGAGACGACCUACCGACCAACUCCCACCGAUCGUCUCGCUGUCCAGAUUGGCCGUGCGCGCAUGGCCCUCUACAAUCAAGCUGUGCGCGGCGAGAAGGCGGUUGAUAACGCCCUUACUGAGACCCUCCGCCUUGAGCACUCCUUCACAAGCACUAUUCGCUCAUUAGCCCCACCUAGGGAGUCUGGCGAGAAGAUCCUCCCGGGCGCUCUCUACGUGCUCGUCUCCGCCAUGGCUGGCUCCAUCGUUACGCGCAACCGCAACAUUUUCCUCCGCGCAUCCGUGCCUGUUGCUGUAGGUAUUACCGCUGCAAACAUUGUUCUGCCAAUUACCAGCAAAAAUGUCGGAGACCUCAUCUGGACUUACGAGGAGCGGUACCCUGUGGUUGCCGAUACUCACCUGCGGAUGAAGAACAGGAUCUCGCAAUUCAUCGAGACUGGAAAGGCACACGCACAAGGUACUGUCGGCAUGGUCGAGGGCAAGCUUGCCGACACCAGGGAAAACUUAGAGGGCUGGGUCAAGAAGGGUCGGUAAAUCAUGCUAUCAAAAGCUUCUUUGGUACGAGUACCUGUAUAUUAGCAGCGGGGCACAGGUGGGACGACCGUCUUGGCCAAUGUGAAAUUACAUUUUCUUUCUUCUACCAA